AUGAAAACAACACCAGAAAUUGGAAUUCAAAUGCCAUCUGAUUCUGAAGCAAAAAUGGUUGCAGCUGAAUCAGCUAGAAUGAGUGAUCCACUUGCUUCAGCUAAUGGAAAUUGCAAAAAUCUUCGUAGAAAAACUGAUAUUAUUCAUACAACUCUUCGGUUCUUUUGUUUAUUUGCAUCAGUAAUGUCUCUUGCAUUCAUGAUUAGAGCUGAAGAGAAAACUACUAUUACUAUUUAUGGUUUUCAUUUACCUGUUUAUUGCAAAUGGUCCUUUGCUGAUUCCUUCGAGUACUUGGUGGGGAUAGCAGCAGCAGUUGUUGCUCAUUCACUACUGCAAUUGCUGCUUAGUGUGAUGAAAUUGAUCAAGAGAACACCGGUUAUUGCUUCGCAUAAUCACGCUUGGUUAAUUUUUGCUGGAGAUCAGAUAUUUGCAUAUGCAAUGAUGAGUGCAGGAUCAGCUGCAUCUGGAGUUACUAACCUAAACCGGACAGGAAUCCGACACUCAGCUCUCCCAGAUUUCUGUAAACCCUUGCAUGUUUUCUGCGACCGUAUUGCUGUCUCAAUAUCGUUUGCAUUCCUUAGCUUCUUCUUGCUUGCAGCAUCUGCUGUAUUUGAUGUCAUUUGUCUCUCCAAGUACUGA